GUGACUAGACUUGUCCGCGUGGCGAACCGUCAACGAGGAAUGUUUGAGGCACACGUUGCAACUUGCAAAUAGCAAAAUGCCCAAGUUCGUCGUAAUAUAAUUCAAGUGGAUUGUACGUCCUGCCGUUACUGACUGUGUUCUAGUUAGGUGCCAGACGAAAAAAAGAAGAGAAGCCUGUUCACACACGACUGCUUCGCAGAUGUAGCGAUAUAGUCCACGAUUUACAAAUUGAAUAAUAAUAAGAGGCAUGAGAAGCGGCACCCAAGAAGCCGUGUGCAAAUCAAAAAAUGCGACCCCGAAAACGAACGAGAAGGAGAACACGACGUGCGUGAAGUUAAAAUGGACUGGUGGCUUCUGUUUGGAGGUAUAACUGUGCUUACAUUAAUCACCAGAUUUUACAAAGUCAAAGAGCCGCAGCACGUAUGUUGGGACGAGACGCAUUUCGGCAAAAUGGGCAGUUGGUACAUAAACAGAACCUUCUUCUUUGAUGUACAUCCGCCUUUAGGAAAGAUGCUCAUCGCUUUAUCCGGAUAUAUGACCGGCUACGACGGGACAUUUGCCUUCGAAAAACCUGGAGAUAAAUUCGAGAAUGUCCAUUACAUUGGCAUGAGAAUUUUCUGUACCACGUUGGGCGCCACUACUGUCCCUCUGUCGUAUCUCAUUGUAUGGGACCUUACCAAGUCAAUUCGCGCCUCUACGCUCGCUGCCUUCCUCAUUCUGUGCGACGUGGGAUUGUUAACAUUGAAUCAGUAUAUCUUGUUGGAUCCUAUAUUGCUGUGCUUCAUGAUGUACGCGACGUGGGGCAUGACGCGUGUAGCGUCGCUCCGAGAUCGUCCAUUCACGCGAUCCUGGUGGUCGUGGUUGGCGUUCACUGGAGCCUCACUUGCCUGCACGAUCAGUGUGAAAUUCGUCGGGCUGUUCGUCGUUUUACUUGUCGGUCUCUACACCGCGUACGAGCUCUGGCGAGAAUUGGGUGAUCUGUCUAAGUCUAUUUCUUAUGUGGGGAAGCAUUUGUUAGCAAGGUGCUUUUGCCUCAUCCUAUUACCGGUUUUACUUUACAUGCUAUUUUUUUAUAUUCACCUUUCCGUUUUAAAUAAAAGCGGAAGUGGCGACGGUUUCUACAGUUCCGAAUUUCAGUCGCUGUUACGUGGAAAUUCUUUGUAUAACGCAACGAUGCCGCGACAGUUGGCGUACGGUGCCACUGUCACGUUAAAAAAUCACCGCACAGGCGGCGGUUACUUGCAUUCCCACUGGCAUUUGUAUCCCGAAGGAGUCGGCGCUAGACAGCAACAGAUCACGACCUAUUCCCACAAGGAUGACAACAAUCUGUGGCUGGUGAAGAAAUUCGACACGGACGCGAUACCGUCAGAGCCGGAAUUAGUUAAACACGGUGACCUCGUGCGGCUGGAGCAUGUUACAACGAGACGGAAUUUACAUUCGCACAAAGAGAUCGCACCGAUAUCGAAGAAGCACUACCAAGUCACUGGAUACGGAGAGAACGGCACGGGCGAUGCUAACGACGUUUGGAAAAUAUUAAUAACGAACGGAAGAGACGGCGACGUCGUAGAGACAGUGACGAGUAAAUUGAAGUUCGUGCAUUAUCUUCAUCAUUGUGUGUUAACAUGUAGCGGCAAAACAUUGCCGAAAUGGGGGUACAGUCAACAAGAGGUUUCCUGCAACCCUAACAUGAGAGACAAAAAUGGGUUGUGGAACAUCGAAGAUAAUCAAUACGCCAAGUUACCAAACGUCAGCUUCCGAGUAUAUGCGCCAGGAUUUCUCGAUAGAUUCUUGGAGUCGCAUGCCGUGAUGCUGCAAGGCAAUUCGGAUUUAAAAGUGAAAGAAGGCGAGGUAUCCUCGCGACCGUGGCAGUGGCCUAUAAAUUACAGAGGACAAUUCUUUUCCGGGAACAAUCAAAGGAUAUAUUUACUCGGCAAUCCCAUCAUUUGGUGGGGAAACAUAGUCUUCCUUGCAAUAUUCAUAAUUCUUUACGUCCACGCUUCCGUGCACGAGCAACGGGGCUGCAUCGAUGACGCUGUCGUGCUCGAGCAGCGUAGCAAGAUAACACACGCCGGCAAGUGGCUCUUCCUCGGAUGGGCACUGCAUUAUGCGCCUUUCUGGGCGAUGACUAGGGUGCUGUACUUCCAUCAUUAUUUCCCAGCGUUGUUGUAUAGUUCCAUGCUGACCGGGAUUACGUUGAAUCACAUCAUUGAGAGCGUUCUACUGUUGCUACCUGGCAAAAUAGGAAAUACGAUUUACCAUGUCAUUCUGGGAACCGUAAUCUCCGGCACUGUAUACAGCUUUUAUUUGUUCUCACCGUUGGCUUAUGGGAUGGACGGCCCGUCCGCCAUGGAUCCCGACAGUUCGAUGCAUUCUUUAAGGUGGAUGGAAUCUUGGGAAUUUUGAAAUCUAAUUUAAUCAGUGCAAUACAAAAAUAUUCAUAUAUUUUACAUGUAUAUA